AUGGCGCCCAGCACGCAGCCGACGACGAACGUGUAUAUGCCCGACCUGCCGCCGCAGAAGCUCAACAGGCCCGUCGAAGUGAAACCGUCUCGCGAGGAGAUUGCUCGCGGCCGAUUCAACGACGCGAAUAUCAAGCUCUUUCUGUCGGGAAUGCACCGCGAUGGCGUGGUCAUUUUGAAAGACGUGAUCGACCCUGCCCAUCUGGAGAAGAUCAACGAGUUCAUGACCCAAGACACUGAAAAAGAACUGCAGAAGGAGGAUCUCUACCGGAACUUCGGAGUCGAGAACAUCCAACAGGGCCCUCCGCUGGUGCCGUCGGAAUACUUUUUCGACGACGUGUACUUCAACCCCAUCUUGUUCCACGCUGUCACUUUGUAUCUCGGGCCUGAUGCCAAAUGGAACAUGAUUACUGGCAACAAUGCGCUGCCCCAUGGCACUCACCGGCAGCCUGCGCACUCGGACGCCAUGUGCAACCAUCCCCCGGCCCCGUUCUAUGCCAUCGCCAACAUCUACACUGUCGACGCCAGUCCUAGCAAUGGCUCGACGGAGAUCUGGCUGGGGACGCAUCAUUUUGACAAUGAAUCCCAGACCCCGCCAGGACCGAAGGGAGAAACGCACAUUCGUCCCGAAUACCUCGAGGAGAGGCAGAAGACACUCCCAGGUAUACAACCAACCGUCAAGCGGGGAUCCAUCCUCUUCCGCGACAUGCGGUUGUGGCACGCCGGGAUGCCGAACAAGUCGGACGCGAUGCGCUACAUGAUCGCACUGGGAUUUUCUGCUAGCUGGUGGCAUGGCAAGGCGCGGUUCCGGGUCCCGGCGAAGACGGGGGUGUACGAGCGCAUUAUGCACGGCACGAAGGGAUAUGGGAUUAUUCCUCAGAUCGAAGAAGUCAGCGUGGAGGAGUACGCUAGAUUGAGGAAUGCUCCUGAUUUCAACGAUGUCGAGAAGAUGACGUAUGAGGGGGAGAUUUUCUGA